UGUGCACAUUUUCGACCCAACAUUUGGGGAGAUUUGUUCCUUCAAUAUCACAAUUCACAUCCAUUAUUAUUGGAAGUACCAGAUGACAAUACGAAGCAACAAGCUCAAAAGCUGAGAGAGGAAGUGAAGGUGCAGCUCUCUUCAGAUAAUGAUAUUUUACAAAAAUUAAAUAUCAUUGAUUCAAUUCAACGUUUAGAUAUAUCUUAUCAUUUUGAACAUGAAAUUGAGAAAGCAAUCAAUCAAAUCUACAUUAACUUUACCAACAAUAACUUUGUUAUCCCAAAAGAAGGUGGAAUUCACUUUCACGCAUUACUCUUUCGUUUGCUCAGACAAAAAGGAUAUCAAAUUUCAUCAGAUGUAUUUAACAAAUUCAAGAAUAGUGAAGGAAGAUUCAAAGAAAUAAUUGCUCAAGAUGUUGAAGGAAUAUGGAGUUUAUAUGAGGCUACACAAUUGAGAGUUCAUGGAGAAGCUAUAUUAGAAGAAGCACAUGAUUUCACAUACACUAAACUAAAGUCCAUAACCAAUCAAUUGAGUGAAUCUCUUGCCGUACAAAUCAACCAGAGCUUAAAACAACCUCUUCACAAGGCAGUUCCAAGGAUAGGAACAAGGGCAUAUAUGUCUUUUUAUGAAGAAGAUCCUUCUCAUAACAAAUUUCUUUUAACUUUUGCAAAAUUAGAUUUCAACAUGCUACAGAAGUUGCAUCAAACUGAAGUUGGUAAUAUCACCAAGUGGUGGAAAAAUGGCGAGUUUUCGACAAAGAUCCCUUAUGCCAGAGAAAGAGUGGUUGAAGCAUAUUUUUGGCCAUUAGCCAUAUCCUGUGAUCCAAAAUAUAGCACUGCAAGAAUGUUGAUGACCAAAUUGGUUGUAUGCAUUUCUUUUCUCGAUGAUACUUAUGAUGCCUAUGGUACACUCCAAGAACUUGAGCUCUUCACACAGGCAAUCCAAAGGUGGGAUAUUAGUCUCAUUAAAUCUCUUCCGGAAUGCAUGAAAGCCGUAUUUAAUACAAUUUUAGAAAUGUGGGAUGAAAUUGAGUCAAUGACUUCAAAGGAUGAAAUUUCAGGUUUGGUGUUGCAACAUAUUAAACAAGAGUUUUUUAACUUGGCACAAUCCUACUUGAUUGAAGCAAAAUGGUGCCAUGGGGGCUAUAUUCCAACAUACGAUGAGUAUAAAGUUAAUGGAGCUAUAUCUUCUACAUUGCCACUUCAGAUCAUAGCUUUUCUUGGUUUGGCAGGAUUCGCAACAAAAGAAGUGUUUGAUUGGAUAAUGAGUGAUCCAAAAAUUGUAAAAGCUGUGUCACUUAUUGGCAGACUCAUGGAUGAUAUGGGCUCACAUAAGUUUGAGCAGCAAAGAGAACAUGUUGCUUCUGCUGUUGAAUGCUGCAUGAAACAAUACGAUCUUUCUCAAGAAGAGGCCAACAAACUCAUUGUAAAGGAGAUCAGAGAUUAUUGGAAGGAUAUAAACGAAGAAUGUCUCAAAUCAAACAAUAUCCCAAGACCCGUGCUUGAUUCUAUUGUUAAUUUUGCUCGUAUAACUGAGUUUACAUACUCAAACUUUGAGGAUAAAUACACAAACAUUGAACUGCUAAGAGAAUAUGUUGUUGAACUACUUUUGGAUCCAAUUGUCUUCUAG